GUGGCGUUCUUCGAGCGCCUCAUGCCAGGCAGAGUCCUCACAGACCCAGAGGAACUGAAACCGUUUAACGUGGACUGGCUUAAAUCAGUCCAAGGCUGUAGCAAGUUGCUGUUGAAGCCACAGACAACAGCAGAGGUGUCUCAAGUUCUCAGGUACUGCUAUGAGAAGAACCUGGCAGUGAACCCCCAGGGAGGUAACACAGGCCUUGUUGGGGGCAGCGUCCCGGUCUUUGAUGAGAUCAUUCUCUCCACUCUUCUCAUGAACCAGAUCAUCAGCUUUGACAAGGUGUCUGGCAUCCUCGUGUGCCAAGCUGGCUGCAUCUUGGAGAAACUCAACGAGUACUUGGAGGAGCAGGGGUUUAUCAUGCCUCUUGACCUGGGAGCCAAAGGGAGCUGUCACAUUGGGGGUAACGUGGCCACAAAUGCUGGAGGGUUGAGGCUCCUGAGGUACGGCUCUCUGCGGGGGACAGUGCUAGGGCUGGAAGUGGUGCUGGCUGAUGGCUCAGCUCUGGACUGCUUGGCCUCUCUGCGCAAAGACAACACUGGCUAUGACCUGAAGCAGCUUUUCAUUGGAUCUGAGGGGACCCUGGGAGUCAUCACUGCUGUCUCCAUCCUCUGUCCUCAGAAACCUAAGGCUGUGAAUCUGGCAUUCCUAGGGUGUCAGAGUUUCACCAAGGUGCUGGAAACAUUUACAACCAGCAGAGCCAUGCUGGGAGAGAUCAUGUCUGCCUGUGAGUUCAUGGAUGAGAAGUGCAUGGAGUUGGUGGAGAGACACCUCAAGCUGUCCAACCCAGUGACAGGCAGCCCUUUUUAUGUUUUAAUUGAAACCUCAGGCUCCAACUCAAGCCAUGAUGAAGAAAAAUUGAACAGCUUCCUAGAACAGGCCAUGACUUCUGGUUUGGUCACUGAUGGAACUGUGGCAACGGAUGAUAAGAAAAUAAAGAUGCUGUGGAGCCUGCGGGAGAGGAUCACAGAGGCUCUCACCCACGAUGGCUACGUCUACAAAUACGACAUCUCCCUCCCUGUGGGGAAGCUCUACGAGCUGGUCACCCACACGAGGGCACGGCUGGGGCAGAGUGCCAAAAACGUGGUGGGCUACGGGCACCUGGGAGAUGGGAACUUGCACUUGAACAUCACAGCAGAGUCCUACAGCCAUUCUCUGCUGGGUGCCCUCGAGCCCUUCGUGUACGAGUGGACUGCAAGGUGCAGUGGCAGCAUCAGUGCAGAGCACGGCCUGGGCUUCAAGAAGAAGCAGUUCAUUCACUACAGCAAACCUGAGGAGGCAGUCUGUCUGAUGCAGCGUUUCAAAGCCAUGUUAGACCCCAAAGGGAUCCUCAACCCCUACAAGGUGCUGCCCUCCAGUUCCUGA